GAUCAGUAAAUUGUUAAAACAAGCAGUUUUCAAAAUACUAAACUUGAUUUGACUUGUUCGUGAUGAUGGUGUUUUUCUAUUUUAUUUAUUCAAUUAUUUAUUUAUACUGCAGUCACUGAUGCAGUAGUACUGCCAAUGUCACCAACUCAAAUAUCUGUCAAAUCCUUUUAGGUUAAGUUCAAGUCAUUUGAAGGCUUAAAACACGUGUUGUAAACAAAUUUGCAACAAUGGGCAAAGCAAAGCGUCUGAAACCGUCUCAAAUGGGCGCGAAGGUGCCUCUAGAUCAAGAUAUUGAAGGUGCAAAAUUCGCCAAAUCGAAAAACCGCAACAAAAUUCGCCUGAGGCAAGACGACGAAGAACAAUUUGUUGACUCGAAUCUUUCGAGGAAAAUUCUCACAGCCGCCCGAGAGCAGCAACGUGAAUUAGACUCAAGUUUCGGCCCCACGCCAUCUGAGGCAAGUUCAAGCAAGUUUAAAGUGUCCAAAUUGAGCGAUGACGACUCCGAACCUGAAGAAGAAGAAGACACCCUUGAACCGGACACGUUUUACGAAAACAUUGACAUUAAUGAAGAAGAUGAGAAAGCUUUGGAGAAGUUCAUGAGUAGUAAUCUGGCCCCCAGGAGGACUUUGGGGGACAUUUUAGCUGAGAAACUUACAGAAGUUAAGACUCAUUUCAGCGACGAGGGCUCAGUGAAGAUGCAGGAAUUGGAUCCACGGGUAGAACAAAUGUAUCAAGGGGUUAGGGAUGUUUUGAGAAAAUACAGAAGCGGAAAGUUGCCUAAAGCGUUUAAAAUCAUCCCCAAUUUGCGGAAUUGGGAACAGAUUUUAUACAUCACUGAUCCUCCAAGUUGGUCAGCCGCUGCCAUGUACCAAGCUACACGUAUCUUCGCUUCAAAUCUCAAGGAAAAAAUGGCUCAGAGGUUCUACAAUCUGGUUUUACUUCCCCGAAUUCGUGACGAUUUGGCCGAAUAUAAAAGAUUAAACUUCCAUUUAUACCAAGCUUUGAGGAAAUCUCUGUUCAAACCUGGGGGCUUUAUGAAGGGGAUUCUACUACCACUGCUUGAAAGUGGCGAUUGUACACUUAGAGAGGCCAUCAUAAUCGGCUCUGUUGUCGCUAGAAACUCAAUCCCUAUCUUGCAUUCAUCAGCAGCGAUUUUGAAAAUUGCAGAAAUGGAUUACACUGGCGCAAAUUCGAUUUUUUUGCGAAUCUUCUUUGAUAAGAGAUACGCUUUGCCGUAUCGCGUCGUGGACGCGGUAGUAUUUCAUUUUUUGAGAUUUGAACGAGAUUCUAGGGAAUUACCCGUUCUGUGGCAUCAGGCUUUUCUCACUUUUGUUCAAAGAUACAAAGCUGAUAUUUCAAGCGAGCAAAGAGAUAGGUUAUUAGAGUUAUUGAAGAAACAGAGUCAUCAUGCGAUAACACCUGAAAUCAGAAGAGAGCUUCAAAAUGCGAAAUGUCGAGACGCUGAAACUGCUGAGCCUAAAAUGGACUUUGACUAAAAUAAUAGUUACAUAAUUGUGAUAAUUAUAUUCAAAAAAAUCGGUUACAAGACUAUUAAUAAAAACUUGGAAAAUUA